AUGUCCUUCGAUCGUGUAAUCCAAGAUUCCGAUGACGAGGAUGAUCCCUUGUUGGAGGAGCGGCCGCCCCGCGCGCACACCCCACCCGUCGUCCACCAAAGCGACCAUCGAGCCAGCUACCGAGACACGUCGAACGACCCGCUGAACGAGGAUAGCAGUCGCCAGAUUGCAGUCAAUUUUGACCAGUUCCUGGCAUCCCAGGAAGGCGAACAAGUGGGGACAGCAUCUUCACAGCAGCAGCGAGAAGAACGAUGGAUUCCUACCAAUGCGGGGGGUGGGUCAAUUGGGACUAUGAUGACUGAAAUUGGACUUGCGCAGCAGCGAUUAUUCGACGACGAGGAAGCUCAGCACGGAUCAGCGCGACUCGGUCCAUCAGAGGCGUACGGCUUGAACGAAAACAACGAUCAAUAUAUUGCCCCUCAACAGCCAGAGAUUCAUAUUCAAAUGACCACACCACCCGGCUCAUACGUCUCUCUCCCAGCCGAGGAUGGACCAAGCCAUGACUACUUGGACAACUCAGACAAUUACCAGCACUAUGCGCCCACAGUAAACCACAACAUUAGCCUCCCAAGCUACGACCACACGCAAUCCGCAACAUCCUACAAUAUCUUCGAAUCAUCCCUCCGGCCAUCAGAAAGCACAUACUCCGAAAACAACACUACCCUCAAAUCCCACCAAACGAUACCCACCGAGGCCAUCCAGAGAAGUCCACGGCGGUGGAACUCUACGCAAGGCACGAUAUCCUCGCCGCACGACACGGAGCCGAACUCGUCUAUUCUUGCCGCAAAGUCAAGCAGAUCGAUCAGCGAUAACAAUCUCAGUCCGAAUGGGCCCCAGCAGCCUCCGACAAGUGUGGACGAGCUUUCUCUCCCGGUUCAAGCUGAACCUCCCGCCGUGGCGAAGAAGCGAGGCCGGCCGAAGAAGCAGAGUCUCCCGGACGUGGACGGGGAUGAUGAAUUGGCACAGUCGGUUGGGCCCGAGGCUAUCGAACAGCCGCCUGUUCCCGAAAAGCGCAAGCCAGGUCGACCGUCGAAGAACGCAAAGAACACUGAGGCAAAUGGAGUUACUGCCAACCCAGAGAACCAACCCGACGAUGCCCAGUCUAUCCCCAACGGAUUCGAAUCUAAAGGAUCUGCCAAUGAAACAACCACGGUAGUAUCCGACACCUUCCAUGCCCCCAACCAAGAGAGCGAGCCCGCCGAUGCCCCAAAGACAAAGAAAGAGAAAGCCGCCAAAGAGCCUGCAAAGAAGAAGCUCAAACGCGGCAAAACAACCUCCGCCACACUUCAGAAGACAUAUGAAUCCGACGUCGAGGAUGAUGUGAUCUGGGUUGAAUCACGACCUUCGAACACAACAGCACCUCAGGAUGCCAAUUCCGCGCCGUUCUCAAUCAACAUCGAAACACCGACACCUCAACAACCCGCCGAGCAGAUACAACCCGAUACACUACCCGACCAAACAGACCAAGCGCCGAAGAAACGAGGCCGGAAGAGAAAGAAGACGUCGGAACAAGCACCAGCAGCAGACACCACCGCUCAAACCCCAGACUCCAACCCCAAUGAUACCAAUCCCCCUUACCAACCCGAAGAACUCCCAACCGAAACCCAACAACCCUCCAAAGAAUCAUCUCCAAAUCCAAACCCACCUCUCGGCCAUCAAUCCCCUACCAAAACCAACGCAUCAUCACCUCCCCUAAACCCCCCAACAACACCCCAAAAGCCCGACCCUGCAACACCCAACAACGCUUCCACCUCCAACAAGAACUCCACAAAAGGACCAGACAAACACAGUCCGAUCUCAUCGACAAGCAAAGUACCCUACCGGGUGGGACUGAGCCGAAGGGCGAGGAUCGCACCUUUGUUGAAGAUCGUGAAGCGGUGA